GACCUAUAAUAAAAGAGAGCAAUCUCCCCAUUACUCCUCUCUCUGCUUGUUCUGCGUGAUGUGUACAGGAGCUUUGAGUUGGAACGACCGGCAGCACACACAUCGGACCGAUCCGUGAUUCCCAGUCUCCCUGAGGGGACCACUCGCUGUUUCUUUCACCAUCGCUUCCAGCAUAAAGAAAUCAAACCGUUCCACACAUCACACUUCUCACGUUUCUUCAUCGCCCUUCAAAUUCGUUUUUUUCCAUGAUGGCCGACUGGACUUGGGUGGUCUACACGGGCCUGGAGGUGCUGAUUGCAUUGGUCUGUUGCCUGGGCAACGCCUUGGUUGUGUUUGCUGUGUGCGUUGGCAUCAAGGGGGCCCUGCACGAGCCAACUUUCUGCUUCGUGGUUUCCCUGGCAGCGGCUGACUUCCUGGUGGGCGUGGCCGCCGUGCCGCUGGCCGUGCUGCUGGAUGGCUGGGUGCAUCUGGCGCCGCACCUCUGCCUGCUGCUGAGCUGCGUGGUUCUGGUGCUGACCCAGGCCUCGGUGCUGUCCCUGCUCGCCAUCGCAGUGGACCGCCACCUACGCCUGCAAACCCCGCUCAGUUAUCAAAAACUGACCAGACCAAGCCAAACAUGGCUGACUGUCGCCAUCUGCUGGUCACUGUCAUGUUUACUGGGCCUCACUCCUCUGUUCGGGUGGAACAACUUCUCCACCAUGGCUCCUCCGUGCGGCAAGAACGAAUCCAAUGAAUUGCCCGUCCUGGUCGCUCCACCCUGCACGUUUCUCUCCACGAUCUCCCUGCCGUUCAUGGUCUACUUCAACUUCCUGGGAUGCGUUCUGCUCCCCCUGCUGGCCAUGACCCUGCUCUACGUGCGGAUCUUCUGGAGCCUCCAGGGCCGUCUACGAGACAGCACUCCCCAGGCACGGGUGUCCCUGCUCAGGGAGAGAAGACUCGCCUGCUCCCUGGCAUUGGUGCUCUUCCUUUUCGCAGGCUGCUGGAUGCCCCUGCAUGUGAUGAACUGUCUGCUACUCUUCUGGGGUCCUCAGACAGUCACUAAAGGAGCCAUGUAUACAGGUAUCCUCCUGUCCCACGCUAACUCGGCAGUCAACCCGGUGGUCUAUGCCUACCGAAUACCAAAGAUCCAGCAGGCCUACGCCAACAUUUGGAGGCGCGUCCUCGCCGUGAUGAGCGGUCGCUGUGGGGAGCAGCGUGGUGAACGGGCGGGGUCAGGCAGCAGAAUCAGAUGGACGGAGAGCGUUGAAUCGGUGAAUCCAGCUGUUGAAGUCAGCAGUAGGAUUAAUCCACCCCAGAACCUUUAACUCCUAAACCCCAAAACCAUAUGCGACCUUUCGGCCUACUAUUCCUUUUAGCAUUUCACUUGACUUUGAAUUAAGAAAAGCAAUCCAGCAAUGUCGUUUUUUGGUCUUAGAUGUAAAUGGCAAUUACAACUCUUUUUUUAUGAUUUUAAUACUGUGAAUAUAGGCUACAUGUUGUUUUCACACAAGAAGUCUAUGUUACAUUGCCAUUUAGUCAGAGAAGUUUAAAAUGAAUGAAGAAUAGCAUACCCGUAUGCAUGCACAUGCGUCAAUGGUACUUGUCCAUGCUGUUAACCUCGAGGUUCUCCAGAUUUAGGAAGACCGUGAUCACUCUCGCAGCAAAAGGCAUACAAGUUACAACACUGCCCUUAUUAUGUAGAAACAGAUAGUCAUAUCAAAUUAAACAUAAGAAACUCUGCUACAAGCACAGAUAAGUCAUUUUUACACACAACGCAAACACCAAGAAUAUUAAUUAGACAAAUUAGACAAUUAAAAAUAGGCUGGAGCUUAAGAGGCUGAAUACCCAAUCAGCAUAGAGUGAGAGAAGCUUAUCAUGUCUCCUUUCAAACAUAGGUAUACUGUACAUGUGUCAUAUUUUGGAAGACAUUGUUCAUCGUCUGAACGUAAAGAUUAUAUGCGGAUAUUUUAAAUAUAAAAUGUAAAUAUGGAGCGGUAAAUAAAUGUUUUAUUUUCUCUAAACCAACUUCCUGGUGGAAGCAUGUCAACGUCUGUAGUCAAACAGCUUUAUUGUGGUUAAAUCCUCAGCAGGCCUAUUAGGACGUAUUUACUCACUUUAUUGACUUAUUUAGUUUCCCAGGAAUAAAUAUCGGAUCGAGAGGGUGAGUUAAGGUGUUUACUCCUCUUGCUGUACACAUAUUUAUCCGCUAGAUGGUGCACUUCCCUAACAAUCGUUUGUAGAUUAUCACAAAGUAUACCUAAAAACCGAGACUGACAGUCAAACCAUCACAAAAUUCCUUAAAUAGUAAAAUGAUCUCCAUUAAGCUCAGUAUACAACUUACAUUGUACAUCUGGUCAAACUUUAGAAUAGGACUUGUGUGAAUAGUAAAUAUAUUAAUAAAGUAUGAUGUACAAUAUAUAAAUCCAUUUUAUUUGUAAUUACCCUGGA